ACAAGUUCCUAUAAAAUGAACAGAGCAAUUUUCAUCCGUCAUUCCAGCGAUCGUAUUAGUCGUAGCUUCAGCAUGAGUUCGAAAUCAGUUGUUGUAUUUAUCACGCUUGCCAUAUGCGUUGGAUCGUGCUAUUCAAACUAUUGCGAUCCAAGUUUGUGCCGACGGGGACAACACAUCGCGUGUAAUGCUCCUCGGGGAUUUGGACAGGCAUGCGGCAAGGAGGUGAAGUUUGUACCGAUGAACGCCAAUAUGCAGAAAAUUAUCCUGAACAAGCACAACGAACUCCGCGCUCAGAUAGCUCGAGGAAUGUACGGUUUUCCGCAGGCCGCUCGAAUGCCGACGCUGGUGUGGGACGAAGAAAUGGCUAACAUUGCAUCGUUCAAUGCCAGAAAGUGCAUUUUUGCUCACGAUCAGUGCAGGAACACUCAACAAUUCAAGUACUCCGGGCAGAAUCUUGCCAUCACCACCUAUUACGGGAUGAAAUUCACGCCAGAGGAUCGCGUAGUGAACUUUACUCUGGAAUGGUUCAAUGAAUACAAGGAUUGCCCUCCUUCAUAUGUCGAUAGCUAUCCGAUGAAUCAUCAAGGACCUCAAAUCGGUCAUUUCACGCAGAUCAUAAGCGAUCGCACAUGGAAGGUUGGAUGCUCGCUGACGCAUUAUAUUACCAACGGGAAAUUUAUCAACUACUACUUGGUUUGUAACUACUCGAUGACCAACAUGAUUAAAGAACCAAUCUACAAGAAAGGAAAGACGGGCUCCAAGUGUGAAACCGGUCAGAACCCGCAGUACAAAGGUCUCUGCAGCCCGAGAGAAAAAGUCAAAUCGGAAUCGUAUAACGGCUAACUGCAGCUCAGCGAUUGAAUUCGUUCAACUGACCGGAAAACUACCCCCGUAAACACCUAAACCCUCUAGCCAAUAAAAAUCACUAUUGAUUCAGCUUGCCCGCACAA